AUUAAUUUGACGAUUGCAUGUAUUUUUUAGUUCCGCAAUCAGUAUGAUAGCGAUGUGACAGUAUGGAGUCCGCAAGGACGACUACAUCAAGUGGAAUAUGCUAUGGAAGCUGUGAAACUGGGAUCAGCUACCGUAGGUGUUAAGAGCAAAACACACGCCGUUCUCAUUGCGCUGAAGAGAGCAUCAUCAGAGCUAUCAGCUCAUCAGAAAAAAAUUAUACCGAUAGACAAACACAUGGGAAUUAGCAUUUCAGGUUUAACAGCUGAUGCAAGAAUAUUGAGCCGUUAUAUGCGGACCGAAUGUCUGAAUUACAAGUAUGCUCACGAUGAUACAUUACCUGUGGGUCGUUUAAUUACAUCUCUGGGAAAUAAGAUGCAAACGUGUACACAAAGAUAUGAUCGACGUCCAUAUGGCGUUGGCUUACUCGUGGCUGGAUAUGAUGAUCAAGGGCCCCAUAUAUAUCAGACUUGUCCGUCAGCAAAUUAUUUCGACUGUAAAGCGAUGGCCAUAGGAUCACGUUCCCAAAGCGCAAGGACAUACUUAGAGAAACACUUGAGUGAAUUUUUAUCAUGCGAUCUUGAUGAGUUAGUCAAGCAUGGCCUUAGAGCGUUACGUGAUACUCUACCUAAUGAAGUCGAUUUAUCAGUGAAGAAUGUAUCAAUUGGGAUAGUAGGAAAGGGUUACGAUUUCACUAUUCUCGACGAAACUACGACGGCUGCUUAUUUGUCCCAAAUUGAAGGGGACGAUAAACGUGGAAGGCCUACUGAGCCAGCUGUGCAAGACGACGCCAGACCUCCGCAAGAUCCGCCAGCCGACGAAGGUCCUCAAGAUCCUCAAGUUGCCAUUGCCAUGGAUACGGAUUAAAAUAGUAGUAAUAUAAAUUUUAUUUGCAUUCAAUUUAUAUAUAACGUAAAGCUGCAUUUUAUGAUUAAAUAUCUCAAUUUUGUAACAACAGUAAAAACCUAUAGAUGACGAAACAUUUAUUAUCAA